AGCGUGCGGCAGAAUGAGAAUAUUGACGGUUAUGUUCCUGGUCAGUUUAUGGACAUGGCUUCGUGUAGUUGCUGCAGCAGCUGGCCCUGAUUCGCCUGAAACCAAUGAGGCAGAUCAUAGCCAUUCUGCAGGUGGUUGUGACUGCAUGGAGUACUGGACUUGUGUCAUGAGUGGAGGUAAUCCCUACAGUUACUGUGGGCUCUCUGAGUCCAAUGUCUGCUGCUUUGUGCCACAAGGAGCUAAACCAGUGGGUCUGUUCCCCCUCAGCACAGGACGAAGACCAGAUAAAGGAAGAUGUGGCAAAAAGGGAAAUGAUUCUGGAAGAGAAGGAAUUGCUGGACCUGCUGAAUGGCCAUGGCAUGCAGCAAUAUUGGAGAAACCAGAUGACCUCUAUGUUUGCGGGGCGUCACUGCUAGAUGAAAGUUGGGUUCUUACUGCAGCACAUUGUGUGGAUGAUUAUGUAUCCAAUAGAGGGGAGUCUCUUAAAGUGAGGUUAGGAGAGCAUGAUGUGACAUCGACACGAGAGUCAUUACGUCAUGAGGAAUAUGAUGUAGCAGAUGUGGUACUUUAUCCAGGGUUCAACAAUGCAUCCCUUGCUCAUGAUAUCGCUUUGAUCCGUUUGCGACAUCCUGCUAAGCAGCGACCCAACAUCGAUGUUGUCUGCUUGCCCAGACAAGGCUCGAAGUUCCCAGAUACAACUGACAGUCCAGCACACACCAGUUGUGUCAUCACAGGAUGGGGUCGGCGGAGUGAAACAUCUGAGCAUUCUGUUGUCCUGAAAAAGGUGAAAGUGCCAUUAUGGCAGAACUCAGCCUGUGAGAGGGCACUGCAGCAGCAAUUUGGAAGCAGAUUCUCACUGCCAGACACCUCUAUUUGUGCAGGGGCAGAUGGCAGGGACGCAUGUGAUGGAGAUGGUGGAGGGCCCCUGGUGUGUGAACAGGAUGGCCAGUGGUACCAAAUUGGAAUUGUUAGCUUUGGAAUUGGCUGUGGUCGCCACAACACUCCUGGGGUAUACACAAGAGUGUCCAUGUAUGAAGAGUGGAUUACAAACUCUGUCCUACGCCACAAGACCAGACAAUAAUGUCUCCAAGACUACAAACAGUGAUGAACUGCGAAAUUACUCAGGGGACUGGCCCUUUCUGUAGUGACAUUAUCUGCAUUAUUUGUCUGUUAGUGGUAUCAACAUUCCUACUCAUAUUAGUAUGGCCCAGGAAAAGCCUGCUCAUCACCCAGUUCUUGCUGGUUUCUUGAUUUGCUUAUUCCUUAACCUUCAAGAUGGUGGUAAUAUGUUCCUCUGAUACGUUGGGCUUUUCCAGACUAUACGGUGUUACAGUCUAGAAGAUUGUUUGUAGUCACCAAUGUGAGAACUUCAGAUCAGAUGCCAAUUGUGUAUUUGUUAAUAUCAAGACUAUUUUCUGAAAUGGAAAUGUGUUUAGAGAUAGGGUGGAAUAUUCCAAGAAACCAGAGACUCUUGCAACAUUUAGAUCAGGGGGUGGCAACUCAGUGCUAUUGGCGGGCAACACAGCCAGCGUGACGUCAUGAAGCAUCACUGCUGCCGCGGUGGCCAGCUGCAAUUCUCUUAACAAAAAAA